AUGAGCGACAAUGACAUGGACGCGUACUAUAAGGACAUCAUGUACCUCCUCGAGUUCCCAAAGACCGCCUCCAUGACGCGCGUCUUCACAGCCAAAGACGAGGCGGCCGUCCGCGCGCUGCCGGCGUGGGACCUCUCGCGGUACCUCGGCCAAGACACCGCCACGACGACCGUCGUCGCCGCGUCCGACCUGGCGUUCGACACCUCCGCCUUUGAUGCGUUUGUCAACGCGACGCUCGUCAAGCGUGUCAAGACGGCGCUGGCACCCGAAGGGCCGUUCCACGCAUCACUCGCCCACAUCGCGUUCGACGCUGUCGGCGACAUGAGCACCUUUGGGGUCGCGCACCGCCCACUGGGCACGUUUGGCACCUUGUACGUGGCGCUACCACGUCACGCGCGCGGCGGCGAGGUCACUUUUCGACGCGGCCAUGACUGGAACAAGUGUCUCCUGUCUCGACGCUCAGGAGCACCUCAACACUCGUAUGCAGCGUGCUACCGCCACACUCACGUCACCGCGGCUGCCAUCACUGAGGGCGACCGCGUCCUCCUCGUGUACAACCUCAUUUACAACGACCCGGCGGCGCACACCCGCGACUAUCCCGCGUCCAUUGACGAGGCGGCAGCUCAUCUUCGCAGACUCGGCACGAUGGACCACGACCGCUUGAACGUGCAGAGAGGCUGCCCUGUACUGCAGCAGGGCACCUCGUUCGAGACGCUCUCGGGAGUGGCCAAAGACGUCUUGACCGCCUUCCUACAGUCGGGUGUCUAUGACGUGGCAUUGGCAACGCUCGUGCCCGACAACGACGUCGUUGUCGACGCGCUGCGCAGCAGCCUCCUUGGCAUAGGCAGCCUCGCCAACAUUCUCUUCAAGUGCGUUGAGCUGCAUCCAGCGACCGGUGCGCCAUCGGUGCUCCAAGACGGCUUGCAUGGCUCCCUGCUGCCGGAGUACACGUCGAGCAUCAGUGACGAAGUAGUCCACGAGUUCGGCCCGACGCACGCGCUCAUCUUUUGGCCCAAGCGGCACCGGCUGGAGGCAGCCGGCCUUCAUGGCGCAAUGCUGUGCCUCGAGCGCGCGGUCACCGCUGCCGCCAACGACGGCACCAACACCAAUCUGGAGCUCUUGGGCUGCGACGAUAUUCUGUCGCUCGCGAUCCAUGUCAUGGUCUUCAUGGAGAUGGACUACAGUAUCUUUAGUGAGGAUCAGUACCAGCGCGUGCAAGCCAUCAUCGACCCGUCGGCGACGUCGUUCGUUCACCGGUUUGCCGCCGUGCUCACGACGCUCGGCAGUAUCAACUUGAUACUCGAGUUUGUGGCGACGUCCCUCAACAUGACGCACUGCAACACGUCGCUACCGGACGUCGCAAUGUGGCUCUAUGGUCUGUGUCAAACGCAUGGCUGGGAGCUCCUCUUCAAGUCGCUUGCUCAGCUUGUCGACCGGUGGAGCAAGAAGCAAGCGACAAUGGCGCCUGCCUUGCAUCUCAUCGCAUCGCUCGCGGGCGUGGAUGGUGCGACGCCGGUGUGCCCUGCCCUCCACCAGCCAUUUACGAUUGAGCUCAUCAAGGGACUCUACCGCACGUCGCGUCAUGCGCUCGACGCCCACUACCACAACGCGCGACUCGCCGUCCAGCACGAGGUCCUCGGCCUUUGCCUCGUUCUCGAUGCGUACGUGGCAGAGAAUGGUGUGUCAUCGCACUGGCUUCACAGGCAGUUGCCGCCACUGGCGCUGGCAACGAUCGACGCAAACCUCGACCCAGCCAAGUCGAUGGCCCGUCGUUUGCUGGACGCUGAAGAGACAGAAGGCGUAGCGCUCCUCACCACGGCGGCGCCUGCUUUGGUGUACGGUCUGCGCCUCCAACGACGCCUCCGUGUCCCCGCGCUCGCCGCUGCCAUUGCUGCCAAGCUCCACAACCCGUCGACGACCGUGGACAUGCUUGUGCGGGACGAGUGGUCUCACUCCGACGCCGUGGUCAUCGUCAGAAGCCUCUUGACGAUCGCACUCUGCGAUGGUACGUUAACGUCGGCGCUUCUCGAGCGCUGCCGCACCGUCUUUGGCUCGUGCACCGUCCCCGCCAUCCGCGACGUCCUCGCGCAUGACAUUACUGUGGACAAUGCGACGCGCGCGCUGUUGUUUCAGAGUGUCUUGCGCCCGAUCACAAACACCGAUACAAACUACGACAGGCACCUCAACGACUACUACCGUGACCAUCCGCACCCCUACGUCGCGCCAUCCCACGACGAUGCGCGAGAAGUGGACGCUGGCUGGCGACUGGCGGUCGACACGCUCGAGCUGAUUGCCGAGAUGGACGCGAGCCAGAUGCUGUCGUACGUCCGGUUGUGGAACGACCAAGUGCUCUCGCAAGAGCCGUGGAUGUAUGGUGGUUUUGUCGCCAACUGCCUUCUUCGCCACACCUUUUGGACCCACGAGGCAUGGCUCUUCCUCGCCAACCUCUGCAUCAAGAACCUCACGCCACUUUUUGCCGGGCGUCGGCUCCGUGAUCUGCGUCCGAAGGUUGAGGUGCGUGUGGACUGCGACUGCGAGCUCGCGACGCAGCUCAACACCUUCAUGAGCUCCCAACAUGCUUUGGUCGACGUCUUGCGCGCACCAGCACCCAUGUGCACCGCUAUCCAAGCCUUCCUGGACGGCCCCCCAAAGACUACGCUGGAGCUGACGCGGCACAACAACGAUGACGACGCCUCCGAGCCCGUGACGAUCACCAUUGAGCGGCCGCACGACGACUUUUCGGACGACGAGGUCGAUGCAUACUCGUCCAAAACUAUGGUCGAGCGCCUCCAAGCCAUGAAGAAGAGCAAGACGAUCCGCAAGCGGCAAGCACCACGCAUAACGCGCAGUGGAAAGCGAACCUGCGUGCCACGGACUGCACCAUACCUAACGUAA